UAUGAUCUUGUCCCCUUUCCUCUCUGCUACUGUUAAAGCUCUGUCUUUCCCAUUUUCUUGACUUUUUUUUUUUGGGUAAGAAUCAAAUAUAAAAUCAGGGAUUUUUGGAUUAAGUUUGCUCUCAAAUUUAGUUGUUUCAAAAGCUUAAAAGAAACCAACAAAAAAACCUUCCAAUUUUCCUCUUCACCCAUCUCAAAUCUUCAAUUUUUCUUUGCCUUUUGGUGAUCAUCUUCUCCACUCACACAAAUUGGUAGCUUUAAUUGUAUAGAAUGAAAUUAAGUGCAAGUGAGGAUGAUUUAGGGUCAGACAUUCAUGUUCCAGCAGAUAUAGAUUGGCAUAUGCUUGAUAAAUCCAAGUUCUUCUUCCUCGGUGCAGCUUUUUUUUCAGGUGUAUCAGCUGGUCUUUACCCUGCAAUGGUGUUAAAAACCCGACAACAAGUUUCAUCCACUCAAAUCUCUUGCUUCAAAAUGUCUUUCUCUAUUAUGAGAUGUGAAGGAUUAAGAGGAUUCUAUAGAGGUUUUGGUACAACUUUAAUGGGAACAAUCCCAGCUCGAGCACUUUACAUGGGAGCCCUUGAGGUAACCAAGACCAGUGUUGGCAGUAGCACUGUUAGGUUAGGAUUUUCAGACACAACAGCCACUGCUAUAGCUAGUGCUGCUGCUGGUUUAAGUUCAGCCAUGGCUGCACAACUUGUUUGGACCCCAAUCGAUGUUGUGAGCCAAAGGCUCAUGGUUCAAGCCCCAAAUGCUAGUCCUUGUAGAUAUAAAAAUGGCCUUGAUGCCUUUAGGAAGAUCCUAUUUGCAGAUGGUCUUAAAGGGUUGUAUAGGGGAUUUGGGAUCUCAAUGUUGACAUAUGCACCAUCUAAUGCUGUUUGGUGGGCAUCUUACUCUGUUGCAAACAGGCUCAUUUAUCGUGGUCUUGGUUGGUCUGAUAAUAUUAGGCGGUCUGAGUCAAAGGCCACGGCGGUUGCUGUUCAAGGGCUAAGUGCAGCCAUGGCUAGUGGUGUUUCAGCUUUGAUCACCACCCCACUUGACACCAUUAAAACAAGGUUACAGGUCCUGGAUAAAGAAGAGAAUGGGGUAAGGAAACCUUUGACCAUGUUACAGACAGUGAGGAAUUUGGUCAAGGAAAGUGGUUUGGCGGCUUGUUACAGGGGACUAGGACCAAGGUGGGCUUCAAUGUCAUUGUCUGCAACAACCAUGAUUACUACUUAUGAGCUUUUGAAACGGUUAUCAGCUAAGAACCAAGAAAGCUUGACAUCAUGAACAUGGCAGCUGAUGAGAAUUAGUAAAACAGAUAGGACACUAACUGUGAAUUUUUGUUGUUUUGGCAUUUUUUUUUAUUGUGGAACAUGAAUCUAAGAUCUAGCAGUUUUGCUUUCUUUUUUCAA